UUCUACCACCUCCUGCCGUUGUUGGGGAGGAGAUUUUCUGCUACAAGCAGAGCUAUUAAAAACAGGGGAAGGAGAAGCCAAUCUACAGAGAACCGAUGGGGCGGUUCUCAAGGCUUCCGCUUUUCCUUCUUCCUGUUCUGGUUUUCUGCAUGUUGCAGAGACCCACGUUCGCUGUCAAAAACUCUUAUGUGGUAUACUUGGGAUCACAUUCACAUGCUCAUUCACAUGGUCGGGAAAUCUCACAAGUUGAUAUUGAUCUAGCGGAACAGUCUCAUUACGAGUUUCUGGCAGAUUACGUUGGAAGUCCUGAGGCAGCCAAACGAUCGAUUAUUUACUGCUACACAAGACAUAUUAAUGGUUUUGCUGUGAGACUUGAUGAAGAGAAAGCAGCUGAGAUCGCAAAGAAUCCCAGGGUCAUAUCAAUCUUCCCAAACGGAGCACUAAAAAAACAUACAACCCGGUCGUGGGAUUUUAUUGGACUGGAGAAAAAUGGUGUUGUUCCACCUGGAUCAAUCUGGGAGAAGGCCAAAUUUGGGGAGGAUAUAAUUAUUGGGAACUUUGAUGGUGGUGUCUGGCCGGAGUCAAAGAGCUUUAGCGACGAUGGGUAUGGACCCAUUCCAUCAAGGUGGAAAGGAGGUUGUGCGGACACCAGUCCUGAUGGAGUUCGUUGCAACAAGAAGUUGAUUGGUGCCAAGGCCUUCAAUCUAGGGUACCUAGCGGCCAAUGGUGAAACCUUCAACACCUCACGCGACGACGAUGAUGGUCAUGGGACCCACACUUUAUCUACGGCGGCCGGAAACAUAGUCCCUAAUGCUAACGUCUUCGGAUUAGGCAACGGCACGGCCAAGGGAGGAUCACCAAGGGCGCGCGUAGCUUCUUACAAGGUGUGCGGGAAGAGCAUAAAAAAUGGCGGUUGCUUCGACGCCGACGCCAUGGCCGCUUUUGAUGCCGCCAUUCACGACGGUGUUGACAUUCUCUCCCUCUCCCUAGGAAGCCCCCCAAGAGACUACUUAUAUGAUGCCUUGGCCAUUGGCUCUUUCCACGCUGUUAGGAAUGGUAUCCUUGUAGUAUUCUCGGCUGGAAACGAAGGUCCGGGGGAUGGCACCGUUACCAACGUGGCCCCCUGGUUGUUAACGGUGGCCGCCAACUCCAUGGACCGCCAGUUCCCGGCCUAUGUGAAGCUUGGCAACAAUAAGCAGUUCAAAGGGCAGAGCCUCUCCUCGGUUUCCUUGCCGUCGGACGGUAAGAUGUACCCUCUGGUGAGCGGUGAUGCCGCGACAGCGAAGGAUGCUUCAAUCGAUGACAGCACACUUUGCACGGUUGGGUCCCUGGACCCAUCCCUGAUAAAGGGGAAGAUAGUGGUGUGCAUGAGCGGUGGUGAGAACACGGGUGUGGAAAAGGGAGCACAGGCACUCUCGGCAGGGGCUGUGGGGAUUAUAAUUGUUCACGAUGACGAUUUGAUCCCUGAACCUCACAUGCUCCCUGCAGCGCAUUUGUCACACACAGACGGUUUUGUGGUGUUUGAAUACAUAAAAUCAACGAAAGCACCAAUUGCGUACAUCUCACCGCCCACGACGGAGCUGGGGACGAAGCCAGUACCUAGGAUGGCCUCAUUCUCCGCCCAGGGACCCAACAUUGUGACUCCCGAAAUUCUCAAGCCAGACAUCACUGCACCAGGGGAGGUUAUCAUUGCCGCCUUCACCGAAGCAGUGGGGCCCGCCGAUCAGCCUUACGAUACCAGACGAGUUGCCUUCACCAGUAUGUCAGGGACAUCUAUGUCCUGCCCUCACGUCGCCGGUGUUGCAGGCCUCCUCAAGUCACUCUACCCCCAAUGGAGCCCCGCCGCCAUCAGAUCUGCCAUCAUGACCACCGCAAGUACAAGAGAUAAUGUGAGAAAGCCGAUAAUGGAUUCAUCAAAUAAAAAAGCAACUCCAUUCAGCUAUGGAGCUGGACACGUUCAACCGAACCGUGCCAUGGAUCCUGGAUUGGUUUAUGACCUAACCCCCAUCGACUACUUGAACUUCCUAUGUACAAUUGGCUAUAAUGAAACUUCAAUCAAAGCCUUCUCUGAGUCUGAGCUUCCUUACAAAUGCCCCAAUCCUGCCGUCAGUCUCCUGGACUUCAACUAUCCUUCCCUCACAGUACCAAAUCUCUCUGGCUCCGCCACUUUGACGAGGAAAGUGAAGAAUGUUGGAUCAUCCCCAACUACAUACAGGGCCAUUAUUCGUCCUCCCUCGGGAAUUUUUGUUUCGGUUGAACCACAGAUCCUGACAUUCGAUUCUCUUGGACAAGAGAAGACAUUCAAAAUAACCCUGAAGACUAAGCGACCUGGUUAUGCUCAAGACUACGUAUUUGGCGAGCUUAAAUGGUUUGAUGGUGGUCACCAUGUCAAGAGUCAGAUUGUGGUUAAGGCAGCUGCAACAUAGAAGGUUUCCUGUUUUGAUCUUUUCUUUGCUUGGAUGAGAUGAGAGAGAGAG